AUGGCUCUAUAUUUUUCUCAGAAAGUUAUUGGUGCGGUAGGGAUGCUGAUCCCUUCGGAGAACACACCCCCUGAUGUCGAGGCUGCAAUCGAUGCCAAAAGGCCACCACAGAGCAAGAAGAAACCGGAUGGAAUCAUUGGUUAUAUCCACAAUGUAUACGUGGCGGAAACCUGGAGAAACAAAGGAAUCGGGUCGAAACUCUUGCCGCAGGUGUUCAGAGAUGUGAGGCUAGCAAGACUUGCUCCCAAAUGA